GUUGUUAACGCGCGAGAAUUGAAUCGAUCUGUGAAUAAUCGAGUAUGAAAAAUAAAGAGACAUAGGAGCGAGAGAGGGCGAGAGAGAGAGAGAGAGAGAGAGAGAGAGAGAGAGAGGGAGGGAGGGAGAAAGAGAGAAAGAAAUAAUAAAAAUGAGUCUCAAUCGAUAUAAAAUUUCACGAAAUUAUUUAAUUCGAAGGGAAUUAUAUGCUUUCACGUUUUUAUCGAAGACCUCAUGAAUUUUACACAAUAUAUGUAUAUAUUACGAAAUUAACAAUCGAAUUGAACAAUCCGUGAACGAAUAAAGUGAACGGGAAUAUUGUGAAUAAUAAAAAUUAUAGUGAUACAAAGAAGGGUUAUUAGACCGUUCUACGUCAUGGAGAUUUUUCAAAAGAACCUCUCAACGGAAAUGAAAACUAUGCUUAACGUUAAAAAAGAUAUAACUCGUUCACUCGUCUUACUUUCAAAAAGUGAAAAUAAAAGAAGAUGAAGAAAUAAUGUGAGUAGUUGCCCGAACGAACUUUGAGCAGUGCGAGGAAAGGUCAAAGGAUAUAUACAGUUGUCAUUAAGUUUCUGACCAACAACCAGUGUGGAUAAUAUAUGAACAGACACAAACGCAUAUAAAUGUUUUUAUACGUAUACAUUCACAUGUAUACAUAUAUAUGUGUAUAUGAGCGUGUGUGUGUGCGGGUGUGCAUGUGUGUGUAAUAGAGAGAGAGAGAGAGAGAGAGAGAAAGAGAUUAAUCUUUGCAUUUAACGAAGAAGAGACAGAGAUGAAACGAGAUGGUGUAUAGCGACGAAUCGUUUCCCGAUUCGAUCAGACGAAAGAGUCUCAAUUGAAAUGACCAAUCGCGAAUUCGACUUUAAUUUUGAUCCUCUUCCUUUCUCUCUCUCUCUCUCUCUCUCUCUCUCUCUCUCUCUCUCUCCAUCCAUCUCUCCGUUUCUUUUUCUCUAUUUACCCAUCUUUAUCUAUCCAUCGUUAUUAUCUGUGAUUCUUCUUUUUCGUAAAGCAAUAAACUAACCCGAAUAAACAAUUAAUCGAAAGUGCAUUAAAAUCUCAACGCGUUCAAUUAACAUCUUCGUGUACUGUCACGCGCGAAUCCAGAGGGAGAUAUAUAUAUAGAGAGAGAGAGAGAGAAAGAAAGAAAGAAAAAAAGAGAGAGAGAGACAGACAGACGCACAUAUACAUGCAUCUACGAACAAUUUUCCUGUCGUUUUUUUCUCUGUCGAUUUAUCCCCCUUCUCUUCUACUUUUCUCUCCCCGCUCUUCAAAGAAAAAGUUUUUCACGUGUCCAGAAGUUUUGAGUACAUAGAAAUACGAGAUAUAACUGUUAUUAAAAAAUAAUUAAUGAAGAUAAUCGAUCGAGUGCUGUGAAAUCGAACGAUCACUAUUUGUAUGAAAAAAGAAGAAAAAGAAAGAGAGAGAGAGAGAGAGAGAGAGAAAGAAAGAGAGAGAGAGAGAGAAUAAAAAAGAGAAAGAAAGAUAGUAGGUCAUCUACGAAAUUUCAAAUGUGACGAGUCGUUCCAUCCUUGUUGUCGUUGUCGUCGUCGUUGUUUUUUUAGCGCUCGAAGGUGUUCACGUGAUUUGUCGAGAGUAAGAAGACGACAACUCACCGAGAAUGCGAACGUGGUGGUUGUCCUGGCGAACACGAAGAAUCGGAAGCCAUAAUCUGUUGAAGAGAGUUUCUAGGUGAGAGAAACGUACAAAUUAAGAGAGACUCUCGUCUAGAAGAGAACAGAUAAAGUGGAGAAAGUGUUGAAAGGAACGAAGAAAAAGAAAUAGAGAAAAAUGACAAUGAACGGAGGAAUACCUUUUGCAAUCUUCGAGAAAAAUUGUAAAAGAGCAAUCUGAAAGUGAAGAAAGAUUAAAUUCUGUGAAAAUAAAGAAUUGCUUGCAACUUUCUCUCUUCAGACGAGAAAAAAAGAGAGAGAAAUAGAAAGAGAAAGAGAGAGAGAGAGAGAGAGAGAGAGAGAGGGAGAGAGAUAGGAAAUUUUUCGAAAAAUGAGAAGAAUAAGUUAUCGUGAACAUUACGCAUGAUGAGCCGGUUUAUUGGUAUCUCGAAGACUCAAAGUUCGUUUCAUCAUCGGUUUGGGGUGAAGCGUCUUUAUCGAUAGGAAGGGUGGUGGUUAAAGCUCGUGGGAUGAUCGCAAGAGACCGUCGUGGCAAGUGACGAAACGAGUGAAAAGUUCGUUCGAGUGUAAUUCCUUCGAUUAUUGAAACUUUUUCUUCGAUCACGUAGUCUCACGUAGUUGAAAAUAUAUUGAAAGAGAAAUAUAGAUAGAUAAAUCGAGAGAGAGAGAGAGUGAAAGAGUGAAAGAGAGAGAGAGAGAGAGAGAGAGAGAGAGAGAGAAAGAGAGAGAGAGAAUGGAAAAGAAGUGGUACUAUGAUCCUGCUAUCAUGAAUAUCAACUAUUAAUUCUGAAAUUUUAAAUAACGUCUUUCUUAUUAGAAAAAGCUCGUCGAAGUUCUUCUUUAUUUAUUUAUUUAUUUAUUUAUUUCUUUUUUUUAAUAAAUUGUCAGUAAGUUCGUGAACCAUGAACGACGUUCGACGAUUAUCAUCGAUCAAAACGACGUCGAAAUUCAUCGACGUCGUUAUCGUCGUCGUCGUUGUCGUCGUCGAAGAAUUAAAUAACGAGCAUUUAACACGCUCAUUGGCCAUGAAGGUGAAGAGAUCGUCGGGAUGCUGCACGCUGUUAUGCUAGGGAGUGGACCGGGACGCGGUAGACGCGAGUGGUAUCCUGGAUUUUAUCUCCAAAGUCGUCGACUUGGCCGCAGGAUGAAUCGUGGCGAACAGGAAACUCUUUUUCGGCAGAGUCGACAAUUGACUCGCAUUGUACCAUCGCACGAGGACCUUGUCCUUAGCGUCCUCAAGGCACCGAUAAGUCAACAACAACAACAACAACAACAACAACAACAACAACAACAACACAGACAACAUUAUCGAUAUCACCAACAUCAAACGCAUUCGCAGGAACAUCAUUUCAACUGCCAAGCACAUUCGGGUCAUAGAAGGUGCAAUCAUUCAGGUGACGCGUACAACGAGAGUCUUCCACGAAGCAAGGACCAAUGCUCUAGGCUCGCGGAUAAGAGAUGCAGUAGUAGCAGUUUGGCGGUAUAUGCUGCCCUUCAAGGUAGCGAGGAUGAGCUCGCUGAGAUUGAACAUUGUCUUGAGUCGGAGGACGCGGCCUUGAAAACAGCAGAAAGCGAGACAGAAGACACCGAGGACAACGGUGCACCGAUGGAAGAGCCACCCCCCUCGCCUACACGAAGAUUCACAUUUUUACGUCGUUUCCGUUCGCCACGUUUUGGCGAGGCGCAUCACAAACGAGUUCCAACGCCUAUGAAGAGAAAACAUAGAAGAAAGAAAACCAAAGACGACAUUAUUGAGAACGAAGUGAAUGGUGCCGAGGAAGAACCACCUAGUCCUGAUCAAACUGGUGUACCUGAUCCUUACUAUCCCAUUUAUUUACCUAUCGAUCAGGCCUUCAAAGCAAAAUACGUGUUCCAUCAUAAGAAGGGGAAAACUUUUCAAGAAAGACUUUAUGUUUUUCUUGAACAUCCCGGUGGAUGGCUCUGCUUCGUCUAUCAUUUCACUGUGUUCAUGGUGGUAUUGGUGUGCCUCAUAUUUAGUGUAUUGUCAACGAUAGAUCAAUACAGUAACUUCGCGAACGAAACUCUGUUUUGGAUGGAAAUAUGUUUGGUGGUGUUCUUUGGUGUGGAAUACUUGGUCCGUCUAUGGAGUGCGGGUUGCAGAUCAAAAUACAUGGGAUGCUGCGGGCGGUUGCGAUUCAUACGAAAGCCGAUUUGUAUUAUAGAUUUAAUCGUUGUGGUGGCAUCCAUGGUGGUUCUUUCGGUGGGCAGCAACGGUCAGGUUUUUGCAACUUCCGCCAUAAGGGGAAUAAGAUUUUUGCAAAUAUUGCGGAUGCUUCAUGUCGAUCGUCAAGGUGGCACGUGGCGACUUCUCGGAUCAGUUGUCUUUAUUCAUCGUCAAGAGCUGAUCACGACGCUAUACAUCGGGUUCCUAGGUCUUAUUUUCAGCAGUUACUUCGUGUACCUUGCCGAAAAAGAUGCUGUUGGGCCCGAUGGAAAGACAGACUUUUCUAGUUACGCUGAUGCACUUUGGUGGGGUGUGAUCACCGUAACCACGAUCGGUUAUGGUGAUACUGUCCCACAAACCUGGAUGGGAAAAAUCGUGGCAUCGUGUUUCAGCGUGUUCGCCAUAUCCUUCUUCGCACUUCCAGCCGGUAUACUUGGCUCCGGCUUCGCAUUGAAAGUUCAACAAAAACAACGGCAGAAACACUUCAAUCGACAGAUACCGGCCGCGGCUAUGUUAAUACAGUGUCUGUGGAGGUGUUAUGCCGCCGAUAAAGCAAUAAACAGUGUCGCUACGUGGAACAUUUAUAUAAAGGAUCCAACGCCAGCGGGACAACCAUCGACGCCAUUGGGAAAGUUGAUUUGUGUAAAGAAGAUGUCUCUGAUGAUCCAGGUGGCAAAGAAGGCGAGCGUACUGAAGAGACGGAAAUCUCGUAACCGGAUGGAUGUCCAGCAACAGCAACAGCAAUCUUUACCACCAGUAACGAUAUCCGGUAGUAUAUCGGCCAGUGGCGGUGGUGCUGCUGCAUCUCAAACCGAUAAUCAGCGUCUCGAGAACGAGGGAGAUGUUGUAUUUUAUAUGGAGGAACCUAAAGCGGGUACUCCUAAUCGUGCCAGGCGUGACAAUCGCGUGUUUCCGAUUGGCAGGGGGAGCCUCUUUACUUCCCAGACAAGUUCGGUGACUGAGGCCACCAGCGAUGAAAUUGACAUUGACAUCGAGGAACCGCAAAGGGUCACAACGCUCACCGAGGCGCACAGAAAUGCCAUAAGAGCGAUCAGAAAGAUCAAGUAUUUCGUCGCCCGACGAAAAUUUCAGCAAGCGCGAAAGCCUUAUGACGUACGAGACGUCAUUGAGCAAUACAGUCAAGGUCAUCUCAACAUGAUGGUGCGAAUUAAGGAGUUACAGAG